CGUCCAUCAUGUGUGCAAAUGUCCAGGAACGUUUCAUGUUGAAAAGUGCACACUGGCGACAUGUUUAGUGGGCCUACUAUGUCACCGAACAUCACCCGCUGUCAGCACCAGGGCUGGAUGAGGGUCAUCGACAUGAAAGGUUCAUCAAUCCACUGGAUAUCUUGUGGACGGCCACUAUCAGAACCAAUCGGGUGGCAGGUCAAGUUUUGCUUGGUUGCAGAAUGUCAACUAGUUCUUCUGGACAAAAGAGAGAUCAGUCCAUUGCUGUUCCGAGAGCGCCGUGCUGAAUCUUGCACUGUAUGGCUCCUGCGACGUAGCACCAGCAUUCCCGAGGGAGUUCAGAUCCGUAAGGACCAGAGCACCCAAACCAAAAAUAGCAAGUCACUCACUGACAGGGUGGGCCGGCGGCGCAGCAUGCCAGGCAGUACGGUGGACAAAACGGUGGUCGCUAUGGAUGCAGACACGUCAACACCUUUUAAAGUCACGGGCUUUCUCAGCCGCAGACUGAAGGGUUCCAUUAAACGCACCAAAAGUCAACCGAAGCUCGACCGGCACAGCAGCUUCAGGAACAUCUUACCGGGCUUCAAGAGCGCCGAAAAUGACAGUAGAUCCCAUCUGAUGCCGAGGCUGAAGGAAUCGCGGUCUCACGAGUCGUUGCUCAGCCCCAGCAGUGCAGUAGAAGCUUUAGAUCUUAGUAUGGAGGAGGAAGUGCUCAUCAAACCUGUGCACAGCAGCAUCCUGGGACAGGAUUUCUGCUUUGAGGUAACUACUUCAACAGGAAGCAAAUGCUUCUCAUGUCGAUCGGCUGCCGAGAGAGACAAAUGGAUGGAGAAUUUGAGACGUGCUGUGCAUCCCAACAAGGAUAACACCCGUCGGGUGGAAAACAUGCUGAAAUGUUGGAUUAUCGAAGCCAAGGACUUGCCGGCAAAGAAAAAAUACUUCUGCGAACUUUGUCUGGAUGACACAUUAUAUGCACGGACUACCUGCAAACUCAAAACGGACAAUGUUUUCUGGGGCGAACACUUUGAGUUCAACAACCUGCCCUCAGUCAAGAGUAUCACCGUGCAUCUUUACAAGGAAACGGACAAAAAGAAAAAGAAGGACAAAAAUAAUUACGUGGGCCUGGUCAAUAUCCCCAUGGCGGCGGUCACCGGGCGACAGUUUGUGGAGAAAUGGUAUUCCGUGAGCACGCCGAAUCCCAACAAAGGAAAGAGUCCGGGACCUAUGGUCCGAAUGAAAUCCCGAUAUCAGAGCAUGAGCAUCCUUCCCAUGGAGCUGUACAAGGAGUUUGCAGAGUAUAUUACUAACAAUUAUAUGUUGAUGUGCUCAGUGCUGGAGCCAGCUUUAAGUGUGAAGAACAAAGAAGAGAUGGCUUGUGCACUCGUCCAUAUCUUACAAAGCACAGGCAAGGCCAAGGACUUUCUGACAGAUCUGAUGAUGUCUGAGGUGGAUCGUUGCGGAGACAAUGAGCAUCUCAUAUUCCGGGAGAACACACUGGCCACUAAAGCCAUAGAGGAGUACCUGAAACUAGUGGGACAGAAGUACCUUCAAGACGCUUUAGGAGAGUUCAUCAAAGCUCUCUAUGAGUCAGACGAGAACUGUGAGGUGGAUUCAUCUAAGUGCUCCUCCAGCGACCUACACGAGCACCAGAGCAACCUCAAGAUGUGCUGUGAGCUGGCUUUCUGCAAGAUCAUUAACUCUUACUGCGUGUUUCCUCGGGAGCUCAAAGAAGUGUUUGCGUCCUGGAGGCAUGAAUGCAGUAGCCGAGGACGGCCAGACAUCAGCGAACGCCUGAUCAGCGCGUCUCUCUUCUUGCGUUUCCUGUGUCCUGCUAUCAUGUCGCCCUCACUCUUCAGCCUCAUGCAGGAAUAUCCCGACGACCGCACCGCCCGCACACUCACGCUCAUUGCCAAAGUGACCCAAAACCUUGCCAACUUCACCAAGUUUGGCAGUAAGGAGGAGUACAUGUCCUUCAUGAAUCAGUUCUUGGAGCAUGAAUGGACCAACAUGCAACGCUUCCUGCUGGAGAUCUCCAACCCAGAGACCAUCUCAAACACAGCAGGCUUCGAGGGUUAUGUUGACCUGGGCCGUGAACUCUCCACUCUCCAUUCUCUUCUGUCAGAAGCGGUCUCACAGCUCGAUCAGAGUACUAUCACCAAGCUGGGUCCUCUAGCACGGAUCCUGCGGGACGUGAAUUCAGCCUUGACGAACCCCACCGGAGUCCCCGUGUCGUCUCCCACCGAGCGCGUGGGCUCCCCCAGUCUACCCAGCAGCAGCCUGUCUACUGGUCUGCAGAAAAUGGUCAUGGACAGUGAGAUCACAGGGUUGGUGGAUUUCACUCGGCUGCCCUCGCCUACCCCCGAAAACAAGGAUCUGUUUUUUGUAACGAGGAAUUCUGUGAUUCAGCCGUCGCCGGCCCGCAGCUCCAGUUACUCGGAGGCCAACGAGCCAGAUGUUCAGAUCCCUAACGGCAGCAAGAGCUUGUCAAUGGUGGACCUGCAGGACAGUCGUUCACUCGAGAGCGCCCCCAACACCUCCUUCAGCGACCCCCUCAAUGACAGCCAGACCUCCGUCGGCCAGGGCACGGGAGUGUGGACCACCCGCACCGCUAAGGGCAACACGCCCAGCGGUCCGACACUAAGGAGAGCAGGUCAGACCCCCACGACACCGAGCACAGAGACCGCCCUGGGAAGGUCUCAGCUGCUUGCCCCGCUCUCGUUCCAGAACCCCGUGUACCAGAUGGCUGCCGGAUUGCCCGUGUCGCCCCGUGCGGCGGCCGAUUCGGGAUCUGAAUGCCAGAGUUCCAUCAGCUCCCAGAGUAACGCGGAGGAAGCAGCUACUGCUGGGUCAAAGCACCCGUUCCUGGGCCAGUCCAGCACAGGGGCCAGUGGGGGAGGGGGCAGCAGCGGAGAUGAGUUCAUUCGGCGUUCUGGAGAGUUCACCCGCAGACAGCUGUCCCUCACGGAGGCCCAGCACCAGACCAACAUGCCACGGCAGAACAGCGCAGGGCCACAGCGCCGGAUAGACCAGCCACCUCCGCCCGUCACAAGAGGCCGCACUCCACCCAACAUGCUCAACACCGCACCCUACCCCCGCCCCUCCAGUGGAAGCAUGAUGUCAUCCUCUCCUGAUUGGCCAAGCAGCGGCACCAGACUGAGGCAGCAGUCGUCGUCCUCCAAAGGGGACAGUCCAGAAUCCAAGCAGCGGACCCUGCACAAACAAGCUCCAUCCCCUGUGAAUCCCAAUGCGUUGGACCGCACUGCUGCAUGGCUGCUGAAUAUGAAUGUGCAAUAUUUGGAGCAGGAGGGAAUUGACCCAGAUUCGAAACACCGGGAGGACUUUCCAAACAAGGAGGAUCUCACACCAACUGAAAAGUAUCAGCAGGAGAUAGCUGUCCUGCAGGAGAAGCUGCGUAUUUCUGCUAAGAAGCUGGAAGAGUAUGAAUCCCGCAUGAAAAGCCAGGACGACCAAACCCAGAAGAUGCUCCUGGAGUACCAGGCCCGGCUGGAGGACACGGAGGAGCGAUUACGCAAGCAGCAAGAUGACAAAGAGCUCCAGAUGAAAAGCAUCAUCACCAGGUUGAUGUCAGUUGAAGACGAGCUGAAGAAAGAUCACGCCGACAUGCAGGCCAUCGUAGACUCCAAACAGAAAAUCAUUGAAGCCCAGGAGAAGAGAAUCGCAUCCCUGGACGCCGCCAACGCCCGGCUAAUGAGCGCUCUGUCUCAGCUGAAGGAUCGGUACAGCAUGCAAACGAGGAACGGCAUCUCUCCCACCAACCCUACGAAGCUGCAGAUCACGGAAAACGGAGAAUUCCGGAACAGCAGCAACUGCUAGCGUGGAUGCAAACGCACACGGCUAGUACUGAUGGACAAGGGCUAUGGCUAUCUCGCGGAAACAAUACAGGUUUAAGAAAAUAACUCCUUUGGGAACAAAUUCAGAUAGGAUGUUGCACAAUGUCGUUUCACUCAGUACAUAAAGACUAAUAGAUUAUUAGCCGAUCAAAGAUGUCUAACGGAUCUUUCAUUUAUAGCCUUUGUCACGAGAGCCACUCGGUCACAGAAGUUAGCCGCGACCUAAUUCUAUACGCAUAGUUAGCAUGAUAAUAACGAUCAUAAGGAUGUAAUUAUUUGUCGAAACACUAUUUUCUGCUUUGUUUUGAUCGACACAUCUGUACAUUUCAUGUAAACAUGUUUUUUUUUUUUACAUUACAGUAGCACAAAAUGCUUGCUUUUAUUUGUACAGUGAAAGAGAAACAUCACAUUCUAUGCGCAUAAGAGGCGACGCGUCUCAUUAAUGUAUAUAGUUUUUUUAUGGGCUUUUCAGAGAAAAGAGAGUUCUUUUUUUUUUCGUACAGUGUGUUUUCCCGUGCUGAGGUCUGCUGUACUUUAUUUAGAAAAAAAAGUACAAACUAUAUGUAUGCUCUGAUUGUACACUUCUAGAUAAAGCAAUGAUGACGACACACUCUUUACAAUCACAACCAACGCUGUGGAUGGAAAUGUCCUCGCACUGCUUGCCGUCCGCGUGGCCAGUAUUAGACUCCGUAUCCAACAUCAUAGUCACAGUACAAUCAGUGUCUGCCGCCCUAUGAUGUCUUUCUUCCACUCUAUGCACUUUCUAUAGCAUUAGAAUGGACCCUUUAACCAAAACCUGCUUCUGUGGACUUGUUAUAAAGGCUAUUCAGAGCAGCAAGAACAAGGCAUAUAGCAUUCAGCACUUCUACUGGAUGACCGAGGUUUGAGAUGAUGUGUGAAGGGCACGUGGCUGUUUUUUGUACUUUACUUUUGUAAUGUUUCCUGCUCUUCAAAUGCAGUUUGCAUCAAACAAGCUGGGAGUCGGUGCAGCACGGCAAUAGUUGCGUCAACCCUGCGGAGCAGACCCUGAACGUUUGCUCCGGGAUCAGACGAGGCGAACUUCGUUCAAAUCAGGUUCACGGAGUGGAGUUUUAAGACUGUCUGUGUUUCUUUAUGUAUAAAUAUUAACAUCAAUUUGUUUGGGACAAUAAUUUUGGAAGGUUCGAACCACUUUGUGUAUAAAUCUCAUACUGAACAUCUCCAUUUUUUAGGAUUCUCUAUUAUCACUACAUUUUUUUAUUUUUUUUUAUUUAUCACACAGGCUUGAGAGAAAGAAUGCUCUUUCUUAAUUGUUUGGAAUUGAUUUUUAAUUUAUAUUUUAAAUUAUGUUGAGCUAAUUUAUUUAUUCAACUGUAUUUGUUGUUACAACCCCAAAAUGAAGAGUACUUUCCAGCGUCCAACGUUAAAAAGUCGACAUGAAAUGGAAGUCGCGAUAAUGUUUUCUUUCCUGUUGUGACGUAUAUCCGAGUGAACAGCUUCUCGAAUGAGGGCGGGGCUUGAUUUAGCUCAACGGAAUUGAUUGGAUUGAUUGCUAAUUGCUGUGAUGUCAUGUGAGUGACAGGUUUUCCCGCCCUCACACUAGUAAACACGUCAUCGGAGAAGAGAAGAGGGCUGCGUCUGAAAUUACCAUUGUAGGUAAUUCUUUUUUAAAGGGUAAUUACUUCAGGGCUGCUAAAAAAGUAUGUUCUAGUAAGAAUGUGUGCAGUAUGAAUAUAAUCUGGACGUACUGUAUAGAUACUAUAUAAUAGAACGUAUUUAUAUUUACGGCAUGUUGUCAUUAUCAUGUGACCGACCAGCGUCAGUUACGUCGCGUCACCACCAUUCACAAAUCUUCUCCCAUGGCCUUAUGGGAUAGUAAAGUGUCCAACUGUAUGCACACUUCAGAAUCUCGCCGGAAGUAGUAAGUCAUCGGUACUUUUUGCUUACUCUUUUAUGAGUACUGUGAUUUCAGAAAAUAGAGAAUAUAAAAAGUAGAAAAUAUAAAGUAGAGAAGUAUGCGAUUUCGGACGGGAAGUUAUUUUGAUUAAAGAAUACAAGGCACAUGAUUUAUUUUUUAAAUAAUGUACACGGAUAAAUUAUCUAUAUUGCAAUAUUCCAGAAACAAAUAAUAAUUGGCUAUUUUGAUUUCAUGUCGACUUAAAAUUUCUUUCAAGUUGAAGUGUGUCAUUUUUUUUUAAUGUUAAAAUAAUCAACCAAUGGCGUGUGAUUGGGGGCGGGACUUUCUGUUUAUUCAACCAGUGAGGUUCGAGAAAACCUGUUUUAAAACAUUCAUUAUUUUUGCAAUUGCUGUUGACGAAGCUAGUGAUGCACAUUUAAGAUGAGGUCACAUUUACCGUUUGGCAAAUGUUUGAGGGUGAAAUCUGUUCAUUUCAGUAGGAGUCCAUGCGGUCAGGAAUUUCACGAUUUCCUCAUGCAGGAUUCGAAACGGUUCAGGUUGAUCAUGCAAAUUUGCUGCAUUGACCAAUGGGAAUCUGUUUGGUUUGAAAGGAACUUUUUUUUUUUUGAGCUUUGCUUCAUUUAUCACUACGCUAUUGACAAUAAACAGUCCACGAACUUUGCCUAAAUUUCUCUGUGACCACACCUUUAUAGUAACUUAGUUACAGAGAAAUUGAAAAUAAACUAAUUAAACAUGUCAAAUGAACUUUUGAAGACUAGUACAGCACAUUAAAAAAACUCUAAAGAAAAUGAUUUUUCAUCCCUUAAUAUGUUGUGUAAGUCAAAGGGCUGCUGUUUAGUUUCACUUGGUUUUAAGGAAGACAACCUUUAACUUUUUCCUGUUUGGCAUGAUUAUAUAUAAAAAACAAAAAGAAGAAAAAAUCUCCACGUUAUUUUCUGCUUUACCUCUACAUCUUUUGUAUGUAUGUUUCAGAGCUACGAUGACCGUUUUGCCACAUGUACAUACAUGAACAGAAGACACCAAUAUAUGAGAAGUCAUUUGUGUUGAAGAAAAGUUCUGUGCAAUUCAUGUACAAUUGUCUCUAGAAUUAUUAAAGUUUUAUUUAGCUAUUUCAAGGUUCUGACUUUAUUUGUUAGUUUACUGUACAGUCCAAAAAAUAAUAAUGUUGUUGAGAAAAAUAUAUAUUGUUUCACCUGUGUAAAGUUAAGUAAAUGCUAUGGACAGAAUGUAUAUAUCCAUGUAGAAUGCCAUUGUCAAGAUGGGUGCACUUGAAUGAGUGCCAUUCAAAAUAAAAGCUAAAUAUUUGUCCAUGA